AUGAACACCUUUGAGCCAUCGGCGACGUUUCCGACAGGUGCCCACAACAACAGUGAGGCCAGAGAUAUAGACUCAGCCUCGUCACGCUCACCUACUCAUUUAGACUCGGCACUGUCAUCGUCGAUCAGCAGCAGCCGGUCCCGCUCGAGCUUCGCGUCCCGAAAUUAUUCCCGAGAUCAGCAGUCCCAGCAAACACAGAAGCAGCUUACUGAGAACACCCCCAUAAACGGGCCUAGUUCAUCAACGCGUGGCUACCAGGCUACUGAGCCACCAAACCCCAUCCCUGGAUCCAGCAAUGCUGCAGAAGCUGCAAUCCCAAAAUCCCAGACUAAUGAAGCGGAGUCAGCGGAAGAUGACCCCCAGCGAUCCUGGCUCGGCCGAUUCGUGGACCGAUUCGGCGCACUAGAACUUGAGAACAAGGGUAGCGUGGCACGAGAUCAUUUGGCUUUGGAGCGAACAUUCCUUGCAUGGAUGCGCACCUCCCUGGCGUUUGCCUCCAUCGGCAUCGCCGUCACUCAAUUAUUCCGCUUAAACACUGCCACCGCGUCUGCAAAUUUCAACAAUUUAGAUCACUCUGGAAUCCAGUUCCCUUCAUCAUCUAUCCUUGACGCCUUCGCAAUGUCCUCCUCCUCCCAAAACACAUCCAAGCUCCGCAGUGUAGGAAAGCCACUCGGUUCAACAUUCAUAGGUGUUGCUGUUUUAGUGCUAAUGAUUGGGUUCCAUCGUUACUUUGAGAGCCAGCACUGGAUUGUCCGUGGAAAGUUCCCCGCCAGUCGUGGCAGUGUGGCAAUCACGGCUUUCGUGGCCAUUGCGCUGAUUAUUGCGACUUUGGCGGUGAUACUGGCUGUAUCGCCAAAUGCAUAUGAGGCGUAA